CUUGUAUCCUUCAAUUUUUAAUUCAAUCACAGUCCAACCUUACGACACCACAUUUCACACUACUUACCAGUCAACGGCUGAACACUCAAAGUUCAUGUGUUUUCCACCCAGAUAGAAAUCAUGAACUUCCUUAUUUCAGAUAUCCAAGAGAAGGAAGUGACUGAGCCCAAGGCUCCAAACUUCCCUCAGAUCAAGUCGACGACAACCGGAUUUCCGGAGCACAAAAAGCGGACGAGGAUAUCAACAUUCAAGCAGAAGCGACAGGGUGCACGUAUAGAAGGAGAGGAGCAAAAAGAGUCUGCCACAUCAAAAGACCCCUUCGCUAGUACACAAGAUGCACAGUCGACUUCGAGCAAAGAUUUUAAAUCAUAUGAGAAGCAAGCGAUAGACCGUGAGAACAAUGAGAAGCUAGAUACCAUGUCACCCGAGGAAAUUGAAGCAGCCAGACAGGAACUAUUUAACGGUCUGGACCCAUCAGUACUCCAAAUGCUUCUUAAACGCGCCAACCUAGACGAACCUAAGAAGAAUGAUCCAUUCGACAUUCCUGACCCUACACAACAAGACGUCACUUCUACCAACUUAGACCAGGCGCAAGAACCCCCGAAAAUACAGGUAGAAGAUACUACGAUCCAAUCAAAGAGUAUCGCAACAGAGAAUACACCAACAGAGCAACAGCCUGCAGACAACAAUGGCUCUAAACGGGUACGCUGGGCUUCAGUAGCAGACGAAGCCGACGAAGAAGCGACAACAAUCCCCAAGCCCACACCCGCACCUCCAUCAGACAGCACACCCAACCCACCCGCCACCGAAUCCAACACCACCGACACCCCCGAAACCAACGAGCCCCAACCCAAACCACACUGGCCACACCCACCAAACACCGAAAUCGACCCCUCAGACCCAGACUUCCUCUCCAAACUGCACACGAAGUACUUCCCCUCUCUACCCGCCGACCCCUCGAAACUAGCCUGGAUGGCACCCAUCCCAACCACAAACUCGCCCGCAGACUACGACUCGCCGUACCACCCAUCGCAAGACUCCCUCCCCGUCUCCGCGCUCCGCUUCAACUUCCGCGGCGAACUCCUCCCCCCCCGCAUCUCGCGCGUCGUGCCCUCAACCAAAGGCCUGCACCACCACGGCGAAGCCCCCGAAGCCGCGGGCUAUACCGUGCGCGAGCUCGCGCGGCUGUGUCGGAGCGCGGUACCAGGACAGCGGUGUCUGGCGUACCAGACUUUGGGCAGGAUAUUAUACCGGCUCGGGCGGGGCGAGUUCGGGGGCGCGCAGGACGGGAUGGCGAGGGGGGUGUGGGAGGAGGUGGAGGAGGGGGCGGUGAUGCGGAGUUUGCAUGAGGAGGCGGGGAUGGAGGAGGGGCGCGGACAUAUGAGCGCGAAGGCGUUUGCUGUUGAGGCGGUUUGGCUUUUUGAGAAGGGCGGUUGGAAGGAGAGGUUAAGGCGGGGGAAGGCGUGAGGGAUUGCGGUUGAGAUGUUUGGUUAAAUAGGAGGAUGGAUGGUUCCGGGUUGGGUUACUGGUAUGGGAUAAGUGUGGCAGAAUGUCAUACAAAUGUUAGGAUACCGAAAUAAGGAGCAAGACGCAAUACGCAGACACGAAGACACGAGAUUAUAAA